AUGGGCUCAUUAGUCGCUAUCACCAGCCCCGUCUACUGGGAUCGCGACUACGGACCAGGUUUCUCCUUCCUUUAUCUUCUGACCACCCAAAUGCUAGGCUUUGGCUUUGCUGGACUAGCCCGUCGAUGGCUGGUUUACCCCGGAGCCCUCAUCUGGCCUUCGUCUCUCUCAUCUACAGUCCUGUUUCGGGCUCUGCACGAACCGAAGCAAGAUAACUCCCCCGCGAACGGCUGGACCAUAACGAGAUAUCGCUUCUUCGCCUACUUCACGCUCCUCGCGUUUGUCAUUUUCUGGUUCCCGGAUUAUAUCUGGACGAGUCUGAGCACGUUUGCGUUUAUUACCUGGAUCUGGCCCCAUAGCCAGAAAGUGAACACGAUCUUCGGAAUGAACUCAGGUCUGGGAUUGCUGCCGAUCAGUUUCGACUGGACGCAAAUUACCUAUGCCGGAUCACCUGGAUCCCCUCUGACGACGCCGUUCUACAUCACCUGCAAUGCGUAUGCCGUGGUAGUCUUAUUCUACCUCUUCCUUUCGCCCAUCCUAUAUUACACCAACGUCUGGAACAGCGGAUACCUCCCGCUGCUCUCGUCAAGCACCUUCGACAACACAGGCUCAACAUACAACAUCACCCGCGUCGUUGACGAGAACCUCAACUUCGUCCAGAGCAAGUACGAGGCCUACUCGCCAAUGUAUAUCUCCAUGUCCUACUCCCUGACUUACGGGCUCUCCUUCGCCGCCGUCACCGCCAUGGUCGUGCACACGUACCUCUACAACGGGCGUGAGAUCUGGGCCAAGUUCAAGAACUCGCGACACGGCGGCGAAGAUAUCCACCGGCGCUUGAUGCACGCGUACCCCGAGGUCCCGGAUUGGUGGUACGGCGCGCUGACCGUGGUUAUCGUGGGCCUUGGUAUUUUCACCGUGCGAUACUGGGACUCUGGACUACCAGUUUGGGGGUUUAUCGUCGUGUGCUGUGGGAUGGGUGUGCUGCUUAUUGUCCCCGAGGGGAUUCUGGAGGGGACCACGAACCAGCGUAUCUUCUUGAAUAUCAUCACUGAGUUGAUUGCUGGUUAUGCGUGGCCCGGGAAGCCGAUUGCCAACAUGAUGGUGAAGUUUUAUGGGUAUAACUCAGUGAAGCAUGGAAUGGACUUUGCGCAGGAUUUGAAACUGGGGCAGUAUAUGAAGAUUCCGCCAAGGGUAUUGUUCGUUGGGCAGGUUUAUUCGAGUGUUCUCGCGACGUUGACGCAGACUGGUGUCCUCCGCUGGAUGAUGGGCCACAUCUCCGACCUGUGCUCCCCAUCCAACAAGCAACGUUUCACCUGCAACGGGUCCAAAGUCGUCUACAACGCCUCCAUGAUCUGGGGCACCAUCGGACCCCAGCGGAUGUUCCAGUCCGGCCAGGUCUAUAAUGCUCUGAUGUAUUUUUUCAUCAUUGGCCCCGUGGUAACUGUUGUGGUGUACUUUGUGUACCGACGCCAUCCGAACAGCUGGAUUAAAUGGGUUAAUGUGCCGAUUUUCUUCAAUGCGGCGGGGAAUAUUCCGCCCGCGAAUACAACGCAGUACUCGCUUUGGUUUAUUUUCGGUUUCUUGUUUAACUACCUGAUUCGGAAGAAGGCGUUUCAGUGGUGGAAGCGGUAUAAUUACCUCCUGCAAGCAGCAAUGGACACCGGCACCGCCCUCGCCACCAUUGUCAUCUUCUUCGCUCUGAGCUACAAUCAGAUCGAAUUGAACUGGUGGGGAAAUACCGUGGGCUCGAACACAGACGAUGCCAACUCCGUCCCUUGGCUGAAGGUCCCCUCGGGAGGACAUUUUGGGAAGGGUCCUGGAGAGUUCCAUUAA